AUGCCUACAAUUCCUAGAAUAGUAAGAUUUUCAUCGCAAAAACCCAUUGAGCAUGAAUUACCAGAGAAUAGCAAUGAUGUUAUUUCAAAUCCUGUUAUUAAUACAAUAUUAAGUAUUCCAUUACCAAAACGUUUAUCUGACUCAGAUUAUAAUAUUGAAAUUCAUACAGCAUCUUCAACAGAAAAAGAAGCUACUGAAAUGUUAUUAAAAAAUAAAGCAAAUCCAAAUGCUACUAAUGGUACAAAAUGGACUCCAUUAAUGUAUGCAGCAUAUUUAGGACAUACAUCAAUAUGUGAAUUAUUAAUAAAAAAAGGUGCCGGUUUAAAUAAUCAAAAUCAAAAAGGACAAACAGCUUUGAUGCUAGCAGCUACAUGUGGACAUGAUCAAACAGUAAAAUUAUUAAUAAAAGAAAACGCUGAAGUAAAUAAGCAAGAUUGUAAUGGACAAUCAGCAUUACAUUAUGCUGUAUCUAGUUCACAAUCAAGUACAAUUGAAUAUUUACUAUCAUGGGGAGGAAAUCCAAAUAUGGUUGAUUUAUAUGGAAUGACACCAACAUUAGAAGCAUGUUCAAUUGGACAUGAAAAAAUCUUAUCAAUAUUAAUGAAAAAUAAAGGUAACCCAUUGAUUGUUAAUAAGAAAGGAGAAAAUGGUAUAACAUUAAUAGGUGACUCACCAUCAUUAUUAUCAAUAUUAAAACAACAUGGUAUAACUGUAAAUGAUAAGAAAAAAGGAGUUACAAAUAUUAUUGUUAAUCAAAAAAAUAUAGAGAAUGAAACAACAAAACAAUCACAAAAGUUAACAAUAACUAUUUCUGAAAUGUUAAAAGCUAUAAAAUUAGAAAAAUAUUUACCCAAUUUUGAGAGAAACAAAAUUGAUAUGACAAAUUUUUUUAAAUUAACUGAUGAUGAAAUUGAUGAAAUGGGUAUAAAAGCUUUUGGACCAAAAAAAAAAUUAUUAAAUAUUAUUCAAAAAUAUCAACAAACAGGAAUUUUUGAUAUUAUCCAAGAUACAACAGAUAAUGUUGGUAAUCAAAUUCUAACAAAUGAAGAAUUGGUUUCAUUAAAUGCUCAGAUGACAAGUAAGUUACAUGAAUGUCAAAGGAAACUACAAAUGAAUGAGGAAGAAAUAAAAGAACAAAAAAAAAUUAUUCAAGAUCAACAGAUGAUAAUAACUCGACUAUCAGCUUCAAAUGAAAAGUUCAUAGAAAAACUUAAAACACUCAAUUAUGAUGUUUCAUUAAAUUUUCUUGGUUUAACUGAUAUUAAUCAAAAAACAAAACUUCAAGAAAGAAUUCUUGAUUGUCUUAAAGGAUAUUAUGUCGAUAACAGUCAAAUUUAG